GGAGUUCUAACUUCUGCUGGCAGACAGCAGACCUCGUGUAACGCCGCACCCGAUCUCUCUGCGAAUCAUAGACGACAUUUCCUGUUCUCAAUGCAUGCAAGUUGAGCUGUACCACCUGCGGCUGAAGGGCUGAAGAACUCCCGUCACACAGACAGCCUUCCACAUUGAUAUACCGUGAACAUCUCCUCAGCUUCACGGAUAUGUACCACAGGUAUUGGCCGAGCUCGUAAUCGCAGACCAUCAUCUAGCGCAAUGCCUCGCACCUACAUCCCCAAUCCGACCCUGCCCCAGAAAGCCUUCUACCUACUGCUCCUCUACUUCUGCAAAGUUACCUGGUCACUCGCAUACACUCUCGUCCCUCCCUUCCUCCCAGCGCUCUUCCCCCCACCCACCCAAAAGAAAUCCUACCCCCCCUCCCGCCGCCCGGUAUGGUUCUACCACCCUACCACCUACCCGCCACUCCACGGCCGCAAACUCCCACUAUACAUCAACAUCCACGGCGGCGCGUUCACGUACGGGACGCCUCGGAAAGACACCCUCUUCUGCAGCCGCCUCACGUCGCAACUCUCGUGCCUAACCGCCUCCAUAUCCUACCGGCACGCGCCUCGGCACCCAUUCCCAACGGCAAUCCACGACUGCGCCCUGCUAGUGGAGUGCAUCCUCUCCGACCCCGAGUACGCGGAGAUCAUCGACCGCUCGCGGAUCGUCGUGGGCGGGUUCUCGGCAGGCGGAUGUAUCAGCCUUGCGCUGGCCCGCCUACCCGCGCUGCGCGAGACCUGCAAGUUCGCCGCGGUAGUCGCGUGGUAUCCAAAGGUUGACUGCACGCUCACGUUUGACGAGGAGUGUGUAGGCCUACCGCACGAGGACGUUGAUCACACGAUGUGGCUUUUCAAGCCCGCGUUCGAGUGGGGCGGUGCGAGAGGCGUGCGCUUGGAUGAUCCCCUGCUAAGCCCCGCGCUCCACGUGGCGGCGGAAACCCUGCCUGCGAGGGUAAUGGUCGUUGCCGGGAAGAGGGAUAUGUUCGCUGCUGAGUGCGAGCGGUGGGUUGAGGAUGUUGUGGCGCUUAGAGGGGGGCGCGAGGAGGUGGGUAGAGAGGGGCGCUGGAGGAAGGUGUGUGGUGAUGGCGGGAAGGUCGUUGGCUGGUGGGUUGAGGGCGUGGGACAUAGUUUUACGCAUAAGAUCCCUAGGGGAAAUACGACCGAGGUGUGGAGGGUGAGGGAGGUCACGAAGGAGGUGGUGGAAGGCGUGGGGGAGUGGGUUAGGGACGUUUUCGACGGGACGAUUUAAUCGUGAUGUACAUCAAUAGAGAAUCGCGGUGAAGUUGUGGCCAGUAAUAGACUCUGGGAUUCGGUUGCCCUGUGGUUUCUUCGUACUGGUAGCCAUACGGGUUAUUCGCUGUAGUGGGGUGGGAGGGUGGAUGAGCAAGAGAAGAAUCGCGCUGGAGAGAGCAGAAGAUUACGGACCACACCUUGAGCCAGAUCCUGCUGUCAAAGUCAAUGUGUCCACGCAGAUAAUUUGCGAAUCAGAGUUUAACCCCGG